AUGGGUCGGCUCGACCGGAGUGAUACCACGGCCUCACAGAAAACCGGUGUGAAUCAACCACAGCGUUGUGUUUCGCCGUACAAUGAGGAACCCACUAUGGGUGCCGUCAGGUAUCAAGUCAUGCCAUCGCUAGUAGCUCUACAGCAAAUGAGGAACCGGCUGCAUCUCGCGUACCUUGGCAAGAAGCUGAUGAAGUGGACGGCUAUGGCUACUAUCAAAGAGCUGAGAAGAAUUUCAAUGGAAAUAUCAACUGCCCUCAAAGAAUAUAAAGUGAAGAUGCAGACAGGGUUCAUUAUGUUGGCUAGAGCAAGAUACUUCGUUCCCCACUUAAACACUACGGUUUUGGAAGGUGUACCCAAAGCUGCAACAAUUACAGUCAAGUCUCAUAUGAGAAGUGUUUCAGGAGUCAAAGUGAACAAUCUUUUUGCUGAAGAUAGCGGUAUGGAUCCCUACCCGUAUCUUGGAAUAAACAAAGGAGGGAUGUGCAUAGCAAAUGUUAAGCUGUACUGGGAGGAAUUAGUCAAAUUGAUGAUUUUAAUUGUUCAAAGUAGAAUAACAUUUGAUUUGAUCGAUCAAGCUCAUAGAAACGCUAACAAAUUAUGCGAAGAAAAUGGAAUGGAAGCUUCAAAUGUUAAACAGUUCCUAAAGAUUGCUGAUAAUUUAAAGGGAAAAUACAAAGAGCUAGCUCAAAUACUUGGGCAGCCAAUAUGUGAUUUCUGUAAAUAUAAAGUUAAUGUAGUUGGUCCUGACCCCGUGAAACCAGCUGAAUUCUCUAAAGAAUCUCUUUUAGAAUAUACUUUUUCAAAUAGAAUAAAUGAAAAUACUAAUGGACUGGUUAAUAAUCGAGUGACAAAUUUGGCCGGUAUUAAUCAAUCAAUUGAAUCUGUGAAACCUUACUCUGAUGAUGAAGAUGAAUUUAUAAGAAAUAAAAAUGAUACCAAAGUAAGAAGCAAUACUAGGAUUCCUAACGAUGACAGAUCACUAGAACCUUUCUCUUCGACCUUAAAUUGCAAGAAUGUCUGGGAAAUUUAUAACCCUAAAGCCAGUACAACUACCUUAAUUCCUCCCACUAGUAAAAAUAAUAUUUUCAGAAACAUAAAUUCGAUAGAUUUCUACGAUGAUGAACAUGAUAAAACUAAUUUGGAAGUUAUGGCUCCUUCACCAGCGUUAGAUCCCGUAGCACAAUCCAGUUUAUCGUUAUCCUGUGAGAUUUCUCUUGAUGCUGAUUUCGGAGAUUGUUACAUACAUUACAUAAAUAAUGAAAGUGAAGUUGUAUCUACAGUUACGCGAGGUGAAGAUAUAGAUACAUAUAAUAGUAAUGGAGGAUCUUUCGACUGUAAUGUUAAAGAAUAUAGUCAAGGAUAUGAAAGCAAUGGCGCCGAUGCUAAUGUUAAACCAGGUAGCUAUGUGCAGAUGAACGAAAAAGAUUCUAGAAGGAAUUCGUGUAAUCUUGAAGUGAACGAUAAAUAUAAAACAGAAUGUGAUGAAGUGUUGGAUCAAAAUAUACUUUAA